ACAAAGCCAAUAUAAAAAUUUAGGUAUUAUAUUGUCGUUUAUGUACAAACUCACUGAAUCAAAACAUGGUUCUAUCUUCUCAAAUGAAUUUUAUUUCCUUUUUACUGUUUUCUUUGCACAAGCACUAUUAUUCUGCCAAUAGCUCUAAAAAUGAAAAUAAAGAAAUAAAAUACUCGAAGAAGUUUUAAGUAUACGUAUGGUGGAUUGCAGUAGCUAUAGAAACUAUUCUUUCGUGCGUUUAGACUUUAGAAUACCUCUUCUAAGAAAACUGGUAAAAAAACCAUUUCUACAAUGUUGAAACAUUUACUUCAAGCACUUGGGGUUAAAAGAGGCCUCUGUUCUCUUUUAUAUAGUUACAUUGGUGAAACCUGCCCAAUGACGAUUUAGCUCGAUUGGCGAUUAGCUAUCUUUCUGCAUCCAAACGUCCGCGGUUCGAAUGUUGAUUCAGCUUUUUUCCAAUAAUUUUCUUUUCUCGCCGUCUUCUUUCGCCGGAAUGGAUCAAGAGCAGCCAUCGCCCACUCCCAGAAAGGCUAAGUUCACCCCCAAAGCUCCGCCUCAACGAAAGCCUAUACCCACCGUUACCAAAUCUGAGGUCAAUGAUUCUAAUAACGAUGAAGAUGAAGCAGCCCAGGCUCAGAAGCUCAUGCGUAAAUUCAAUGAGAAUCUCAGAAGAAAAGUACCUAAAGUGGAGAAAAAAUCUUCAGUGCAAGUUGCUUUUGGCCCAGGCGCUGCUCCAUCAACCUCUAUAAGGAAAUAUGGUGUUCCUGGCUGUGAGAAUGCUGGUAGCAGCAGUAGGUUAGAUAUAAAAGAUUCUGACAAUGACGAUAGGAGAAUCGUGGUUUCAUCACUUUCAACUGCUGAAGAAGAUGGUGCUUCUAAGUAUCAUUCAGAGGCCAUUGGUGUGUUACCCCUGAAAAUCAAGAAAGAUUAUAGAGAACCAUGGGAUUACAACCAUACUUACUAUCCAACAACUCUUCCUUUAAGAAGGCCUUAUUCUGGCGACCCAGAGCUUCUCAACGAGGAAGAGUUUGGGGAGGCUGCAAGAAAAUUGGAGUAUAAUGAGAACACUAUUAAACCUGCUUCAGAUCUUGGACUGCUGGAGGAAAGUGACAAGGAAAGGCUUUUUUUCUUUCAACUCCCUUCUAAGCUGCCCCUUGUGAAGCGAUCAGCUAUUACAAAAGGAAAAGAAAAGGUCGAAGGCUCAACUCCAUCACAAGGCACGAGUGCUUUAAAGAAGGAAAGCAGUUUUCAAGGGUUAUCAGAAGGAUAUAUGGGCAAAAUGCUGGUUUAUAGGAGUGGAGCAGUCAAGAUAAAGCUAGGUGAUACACUCUAUGAUGUUUCACCCGGUUCAGACUGUACAUUUGCUCAAGAUCUGAUGGCCAUAGAUAUUGCAAGCAAACAAUGUUGCACUAUCGGAAAACUCAGGAAACGGGCUGUUGUAACUCCUGAUGUUGAUUCUCUCUUGAACUCAGUGAUCAACUUGAGCUAAAUGCCCGACAAUACAUUCAGUAGCUUAGAAUGCUCAUAAAGUACCGUAGUAGAAUGUGUAAUAGGCAAGUAGAAUUGAAACAAUUUGACUAGGUAGCAGGUGAAAUUGCUUCCAGCAUUUGUUGGAUUUCAUCAUUGAGCCAUACACAAAUUACUAGAAAAAGUACAUUUUUUUCCCUUGCUUGGUAACAGAUCUCAGAUUGAAGAAUGACAAAGAAGUCUGUAUUUUAAAA